AUGAAUGUUGAAGUAACCUCUAAAGAUAUCGUCAAACCUUAUUCUCCAACCCCUGAGCACCUGCGCCGCUACCAACUCUCUUUCCUUGACCAAAUAUCACCCCAAGUCUAUAGUCCUUUCAUCUACUACUACUCACCAAACGACAUCAAUAAUGGGUCCAACGACAACAACAACAUCUUCGCUGACUUAUCCGACAAGCUCAAAAAAUCUUUGUCCAAAACCUUAACCCUUUACUACCCACUUGCCGGAAGAUUCACCAAGGACUUUUGUGUUGACUGCCAUGACGACGGAGCACCCUUCUUUGAGGCUCGAGUACUGAAGAGGCAACUCUCUGACAUUCUUAAGAACCCUGUGCUUGUUGAACUCAAUGAUCUCCUUCCAUUUCCGCUUGACGAAUACGCACAGUUACCCUUCGGCGUCCAGCUCAACAUUUUUCCUUGUGGCGGAAUCGCCAUUGGUGUCUGCAUUUCGCAUCGAAUUGCAGACGCUUUAUCUUCCCUAGAGUUUACAAAAAGCUGGAUGACCAUUUCUCGCGGUGAAGAGAAUAAGGUAGUAAGACCAACGUUUUUCUCUGCAUCGCUUUUCCCACCGAAGAAUAUUGGUCAUUUUGAUCCAACAAUGGUUCCCCCAAAGAAGAACACAAACGUAGCGAAGUUUUUUGUGUUCGAUUCUCGCAAAGUUGAGGCUCUCAGAGCCAUGUACGAGGAAAAAACAAGAGGAGAAAACCAUGCAAAACCAAAGUGGCCGCGGCGGCUUUCUCGUGUUGAGGCAUUAUCUGCUUUCUUAUAUAGUCGUUAUGUGGUGGCGACUGGCUUAGAUGUUAAAAGUAAAUUAUUUACUAUCUUUCAUCCUGUGAAUAUUCGUCCCAAAUUUGAUAAGCCAUUGCCGGAAAACUCUUUUGGGAACUACUAUCAUAAUAGCUUGACAUUCCCUUCAUCCAUUAUAAGUAGUAGUAACACUGCUACUGAGGAAGAUAAUGAAAACUAUUACGAGCUGGCUAGGGUGAUAGGAGAAGAGAUAAGAAAGAUCGACAAUAAGUUUGUGAAUGAUUUUCAAGAAGUUGAGAAAUCAGAUGAGUACUUGGAAUCGCUCAAGAUAGGUACUGAGAGAUUCGUUAGAGGAGAAGCAGCUGGGCUUGUCUUCAGUAGUUUGUGUAGGUUUCCCCUUUAUGAUGCUGACUUUGGAUAUGGAAAGCCAAUUUGGGUGAGUUCUGCUGACAGGUGUUUCGGUAACAUAUUUGGCUUUCUAGACAAUAAAAAAGGUGAAAUAGAGGCUUAUGCUUGCUUCAGUCCAGAAGAAAUGGCCAAGUUAGAAGUUGAUAAAGAGUUCCUCUCUCUUUUGUCUCGUGAGAUUGAGUGA